UGAAGUAUGUACCCGCAUAAUGCAAAUCAUGUUGACUUUAAACGGUUGAUCAAUCAAGGCAAGGAGGAAGAGAUGGGAAAUUUAAUUCUCGAAAUAAUUUACUAGGCUUGUGCUUCCCUCUCUCUUCAUAGCACACCAGGGUCUUAAACAGCCUUUCUUGAAAUAAGCUCGAUUGAUUUCUGCAGAAGGCGCUUCUUAUUAAAACGAGUUCACAACAAUUGCAACUCUGGAGCCCUGCUUACCUGGAAGCUUGCAAGAUCUUUUUGGGGGUGGGGUGGGGGCCAAAAUGACAGUUUAUAAAGAUGAAAGAAUUUUGGAUCAGUAAAGCAGUGCUGGAAAAACAGUUUUAAACCCCUCCUUUUUACAUUGCUAUGGCAUUGAUCCAGUUAAAAGAGGUGUAGAUGCUUUGAGGAUAAAGAAAUAAUCCUGAUUCUGUCACUGACUUUCUAUGAUUCUUGUAAAUAAUCCCUUAGAAAUCUUAUACAGAGAAUAAACCAUUUAUUUAAAAAAAAACCAAUCCCCCCAAAGCAGAGGAUUUGGGUUUUUUCCCCCCUAUCUGCAGAGCUUUCUGUAUCUUUACUAUUGAAAUAUGCAUUAAACAUGUUAUUUGAAUUGAACAAAAUGCAGCUGGCAACAUAGAAUGAUUUAAAAAGCUGGAAUGGUUUUGUGUGUGUGUGAUAUGUCAUAUUUAUGUUUCCAAAAUUAAUUACUUUAUAACUGAAUGUGUACUGGGAUUUUGCAAACUAUUGCUUAAACCAUCUAGCAAGAAUAUUUAUAAAUAUUUUUACCUCACACUUAUCUUUCUAUUUUGUUAAUGUCUGAUUUAAUUUGGUCUCAAUUGCUUUAAUAUGGCCUCAGCUGAUUUCUUGAAGAUUAUUAGAUGGCUAAUGCUGGUUUAGGUGAUGCGAAAGUCUGACCUAAUCAGCUUUUUUUAAAAUCGGGGGGGGGAAAUGUAGACAACAUAAUAGGACUAUAGUUAUAAGUCCCUUCUAUCUGUUCAGCUUUCAGAUAUUUCAGAAACAUAUAGACAGUAUAUACAUUUGAAGCCAGUGGGCAUUGCAGCCGACAGUGUCUAUGGAAUCUACCUGUGCAAAAGUUAGAAGGUAUAAAAAAAUUCUAGAAACAAAGGAUCCCUUUCCCCAGAAACAGAAUUAAUAAAUCUAUUUUUUUUCUUAAUGAAAAUGAAAUAAAAUGGCUUCCUUUGGCUUUCUAGCUUGAUUAUGAGCUCCCUUUCUAAGGCAUAGACAGAAAGAUAUCUUAUUUUUUACUGGCUAACUUACAAAUUAUGAAUCAGCUUUGAUGACAUGGCAAAUCACAACAAUAACUUUUGCAUGGUUUAUGAUGUCACACUUCAUGCUAUGGACAACUGGAUGAAAUAUAUGUAAAGACAGAUCUGAAAGCACAAGUGUUAAUUCAACUGUGGUGAACAGGAAUGAGUACGUUUGUGAAAAGGUACCUUGAUAAAUUAAAAAAGAGGGCUAGUGUUAGUGACUUUUGUCCACCACCGCUUCUGCCUCUGACCAAAGCUGAUAUUCAACCAGGGACAGAAAAUGAAAGAAUUGGGCUUGUCAGAAACAGCAUGUUCCGGAAUCCUCUUAUCUUAAAGCCAGAGCUAGGAAGGACCCGUAGAAGGUGUGCAAAGAUUCCAGGAGCCAAUUUUGUGUAUGGCCUAACUUCACAUGGAACUGACGGAGGAGUCCCCGAAGCCAUAGGGCACUGGCAUGUUAUGCCACCUCGUACUAUCAGAGGGAAAGACAUACCCAAAGAUUUUAUUCGCAUGAAUAGUAACGGAAUUAAGGCUGGUCUUUUCACUGCAAAAGAACACCAUCUAUAUUGCCAGCACCAUAAGCUUUACUGCAAAACAGCUGUUGCCAAGACCUUCCCCAAAAAUGUACUUCGUCUUCCCGACGCCAUGACCUAUGGGAAGCCAUAUCCUCCUCCUACACCCAUAACAGAGGUCCUUCAACAUAAGUUUGGUGAGCAGUGGCUGCAGGAGCAUCGGAAAGCUGAUGACAUGCGUAUUAAGCAGAAGAAACAUUUAAAAAAACGAGAGAAAACACAGGAGACCCGUACGACAAUGUUGAAUAAAUAUCAAAUCCCUGUGAAGAUGGAUUCACAAUGGCACUUGCCAAAAUUUCAGAAAGUUGCGCGCCAUCUUGACACCUUCCCAAGUCAAGAAGAUAGACUGAAUGCCAUGAAAGCUCAGCAAAUUGAAGCACCAGUUCGUUGUGGCCAAUUUGGUUGGGGCAUUUAUACUCAUAUAUAGGACUCAGCUUUAUAAAGAAACAAAUGACUUAAUGUAGUUCAAUAUGAGCUCUGUGCUAUGAUAAAAAGUUUGAUGGAACCUGCCAUAAGUAGCAUUAAAACGAAGCUCCUUGUGGGGAAAAAAAGGAAUAGAUAAGGACAUAAGUGUCUCAUUGCUGAGCUUCUGCUAUCAGAUAAAUAGAAAGAAUGGAAUUCCUGACUCACCUAAAGGAUGCAUUACACCAUUUGAGGAUGGGAUGUUGGUACAACAUCACAGCUUAAUAUAAAGCAACUGUCAAUGUGUUUUAGCUAGAAAGCUUGUAUGGUCUUUUUGCCUUCAGUCUUAUUUGGAACAUGAACUCAGUGAAAAGGAAAUACUUUCCUAUAUUAAAAUAAAUAAAGUAGUUUAAAAUGUUAUUUUUUUCUGGUUUAAAAGAAAUUAGAGGACAUCGCAUAAAUACUAGUAGGCUAUAUCUAAUGUUAAUAGAGGAAUAACAUCCUAUUUUUUUCUUAAUAUUUGUAAAACCCACUAUAUGCAUAAAUACUGGAUUUUCUAGUCAUUAAUCUGCAAGUAAAGAUUUCAGAAUUAAUUGUCUCUAAAAAGAUAUGAGAGAAUAUGACUGGCAUAAUCCUUUUUACCAAAGGAAAAAAAAACACACUUCUUUGGAAACUACCACCCACUACCUCUCCUGAAUCAAUUUUCAUCUUCAUUUAUUUCUUCAUCCCUGUAGGUUGUAAAACUUCCAGAAGUUCUGGACUAAUUUAUGAGAAAUUUCUUUUUUCCCCUAAUGCAUUAUGGAUAAACUAUAUUAUUUUUAUAUUACCAUGGAUGCAUUCAUAUAAUUUAAAGUUAAGGUGCUUGUAUAUAAAUACAUUUUACGUUAGUAGCUAUUGAUAUUUACAUCUGCAAGGAACUUGCAGUUGAAAUUUCAAAAGUGCAAUUGCAGAGGAUGUGGCACAUGGAGAACAAUAAUGUUGAUUUGAUCUUGUCAAAUUUGAUUACUUGUACUAAGUAUGAUGAAGACAUAGCAGCCAUCUAUAAUCAAUCUUUCAACAAG